GUAAAUUCGUGCAUGGUAUUGCCAUAACAUAAAGCACUGCUCCAAUAGAAAUCUAUGAAAAAUUGCGUGGUACUCACCAAUAUAUAGUUUUUUACAACACGUGACACAAGAUUUGCAUGAGACCAAUAUGUUUAGGUUGUUCCAUGCAAAAUUCAUAGGUCCUAAGUUACAUCCACAAAAAACUAUAACGUUCCAACUCUUGUUCCCUCCCUUUAAAUGUUGUUCCCUUCUCUUUGAAACCUCUCUUCAGUUUUAUUUCAUUUCAUCAUAUCGUCGCGACCCUCCUCUUUCCACUCUACUCCUUGCUCUCAAAUCUUCAUCUUCUGUCUCCUGCUGCAGGGCCAUUCAUGCCCGAGUGAUCAAAUCACUGGAUUACAGAGAUGGGUUUAUUGGUGAUCAAUUGGUUUCGUGUUACCUUAACAUGGGGUCCACCCCAGAUGCACAGAAGCUGUUUGAUGAAAUGCCCCACAAGGAUUCUAUCUCUUGGAACUCAUUGGUUUCUGGGUUUUCAAGAAUAGGAGACCUUGGUAAUUGUUUGAGGGUGUUUUAUACAAUGAGGUAUGAAAUGGCAUUUGAAUGGAAUGAGCUUACACUCUUAUCUGUUAUCUCAGCUUGUGCCUUUGCGAAAGCCCGGGAUGAGGGCUGGUGUCUUCAUUGUUGUGCAGUGAAAUUGGGUAUGGAGUUGGAGGUUAAGGUUGUUAAUGCUUUUAUUAACAUGUAUGGGAAGUUUGGCUGUGUUGACUCUGCUUUCAAGCUGUUCUGGGCACUGCCAGAGCAGAAUAUGGUGUCGUGGAAUUCAAUGGUGGCUGUUUGGACACAAAAUGGAAUCCCUAAUGAAGCCUUUAAUUAUUUUAAUAUGAUGAGAGUCAAUGGACUUUUUCCCGAUGAAGCCACCAUUCUGAGCUUGCUUCAAGCCUGUGAAAAAUUGCCUUUAGGAAGAUUGGUAGAGGCCAUACAUGGAGUGAUCUUCACCUGUGGUCUUAAUGAAAAUAUAACGAUUGCAACCACCCUUUUGAACUUGUAUUCAAAGUUAGGGAGAUUGAAUGUGUCUCAUAAGGUCUUUGCAGAGAUAAGCAAGCCUGAUAAAGUGGCAUUGACUGCCAUGCUUGCUGGGUAUGCCAUGCAUGGGCAUGGGAAAGAAGCAAUAAAGUUCUUUAAAUGGACUGUAAGGGAAGGUAUGAAGCCUGAUCAUGUUACAUUUACUCAUUUGUUAAGUGCUUGUAGCCAUUCAGGGCUUGUCAUGGAUGGAAAGUACUACUUUCAAAUCAUGUCUGAUGUUUACAGAGUUCAACCCCAAUUGGAUCACUAUUCAUGUAUGGUUGAUCUUCUUGGCCGCUGUGGUAUGCUCAAUGAUGCUUAUCAGCUGAUAAAGAGCAUGCCAUUAGAGCCAAAUUCUGGAGUUUGGGGUGCCCUUCUUGGUGCUUGUAGGGUUUAUCGUAACAUCAAUCUUGGGAAGGAAGCUGCAGAGAAUUUGAUUGCACUAAAUCCUUCAGACCCUAGAAAUUAUAUCAUGCUUUCCAACAUAUAUUCUGCUGCAGGUCUGUGGAGUGAUGCAUCAAAAGUGAGAGCUUUAAUGAAGACUAAAGUUUUUACUAGAAACGCUGGAUGCAGUUUUAUUGAGCAUGGGAAUAAAAUCCAUCGUUUUGUGGUAGAUGAUUAUUCUCACCCUGAUUCAGACAAAAUACACAGGAAGCUGGAAGAGAUUAUGAGAAAAAUUCAAGAGGUUGGUUUCGUGUCUGAAACUGAAUCCAUUCUCCAUGAUGUUGAUGAAGAGGUGAAAACAGAUAUGAUUAACAAGCAUAGUGAGAAGAUAGCACUUGCAUUUGGACUUUUGGUUAGUAAUGCUGAUAUGCCAUUAGUUAUAAUAAAAAAUCUCAGAAUAUGCCUGGAUUGCCACAACACUGCAAAAUUUGUCUCGCUGAUAGAGAAGCGUACAAUCAUUAUCCGAGAUUCAAAGCGAUUUCACCACUUUUCAGAUGGAUUAUGCUCUUGUGCUGAUUAUUGGUAGUGAUCUCUGAAGGAGUUUGGUGUUGCAGGAAUGAUACUGUCAUUGAUCAUAACUUAUACAAACACGUAGUAAUAAACUUGAUUCUAUAUCAUGAGCAUAAUUCAUUCUGUAUAUUCAUAUUCAGUUCUUCCUUCUAACCUAAAUGUGCUCCCAUUUUGUAAGUUGCUUACCCAAUACUACAUGAGAAACCAACUUGAAAGCUUUUAAAUCAAAUUCAUUUUCUAUUUGGUAAAUUAUAAAUUAAAAACACUAUGAUUAAUCAUCACGUUCCCUUAGUUUUUCUUUUCUUUUCUCUAUGACUGUUUUAUGACCUUCUUUUUAUACGUUGUUAUAAUUUCAAAUCUUUAUUGAAGUUUCACAUCUUUCAGAGAAAGUCAUGGAAAAGGAAGUGAUGAAAUCUCAACUCUGUAAUGAGUUAUCCUUUGUAAACAAACUUUGCCAAGGAUAUGACAUUUCUUUGUCUGGAAAAUGGCAUACAAAAAUCAAUUUUCUUCCCUAUUUAUAAAGAUUUAUGAUAUUUUGCGGAGAGUUUCAUGGUUUUCAGACUUCAAAGACCAUUGAUUCUGGCGGAAUUGUGAAGAAUUAAUGCAUGUGCAGAGGAAAUAAAAGGCUUGUGGUGGCAAAUUGCAAGGCAGAUGGAAUAGUUCUAAAUUCUAAAUAGUGUAAAUGACGAAAGAUAAAUUUCUUUUGACUAUUUUGAGAAUUUUUAGUAGUUAAUGUUAAAUUUAAUGAACUACAUUAUUGCUGAGUUUGAGAUACACAUUACAUUAGAGAAGUGCUGAGUUACUUUACUCAGCCACACAUUGUAUAUAUUUAUAUAAAACAGAAAGAGUACAAUAAGAAAGAAGAAAAGACAGGUUCAGAAUAGUGAACCUGCUCCUAGUUAGGCUUUUCAGAAUACACACUAAAAACAGCUUUUUCUAAACCUUUCAAGACUACUCUUACAAAGAUACAACUAGCUUAUAUUGUAACAAAUGUAACCACAAACAGCUAUAAAGCUUGAAGUUAAUAUGUAAAAAAAAAUAGUUUAGAGAAGUGGAGAAAGCAGCUUAUACAACAUGAAGGUUAGUGUUGAUAAGGUUUAGGUAUUUGCUUGAUCAUCUGCCCACCUUCCCCAACUGGGGAAUUAAAAUGUUUGCAUGCAGGAUGUACCAUCACUAUUAUGUAUGAGACAUUAUUUGCAGCAUAGUGCAUAUCUGGAACCUUUACACUUGCCUUUGUUUAUGCUAUAGUAGUAUACUGCUGAUAUACCUUAAUCUGUUAUCUGAUCUUAUUAAAUAUUUAAAAUUGUUACAUUUAGAGAGAGAUAGAGAACUGAUAGAAAUCAUAAUUGUGUUUUCAUUAUUGAUUUGAUGAUUACAACAAAGGUCUAUAUAUAUAGAGCAGAGUUCACAAUGAGGCCUAACUCUGACUCUAACAAUUACUAACUGAUUCUGUUACUAACAGAAUCACAGCAUACUAACUAACUAAGAAGAGAUAGCUAAUAGUAACCACAAACAGUUUUUACAACUAACUGAAAACUAACUGAAUUUAAGACUUCUCUCUAACACUCCCCCCACAAGCUCAGCAGUACUAAGUACUCUGAGUUUGGAGCUGAAGUUGUAGAACAAAUGCUUGCUGAGUGAUUUGGUGAGUAUGUCAGCAACUUGGAGUUGUGCAGGAAUGUAGGAAACAACCAAAGACUUGUUCAAAACCUUUUCCCUCACAAAAAAAAUGUCUAAUUCCAUGUGUUUCGUUCUGGAGUGAAGCACAGGGUUGUGACUAAUAGCAACAGCACUUUGGUUGUCACAAUAGAUAACUGGAGGAGGGAUGGGAACUUUGAGCUCAUGGAGAAGAGACUGGAGCCAUAGAACUUUAGAUGCAGCAUGUGCUAGGCUCCUGUAUUCGGCCUCUGCACUAGAUUUAGCAACCAGAGUUUGCUUUUUAGACCACCAGGACACAAGAUUAGGACCAAAAAAGAUACAAGCACCUGAAGUGGACCUCCUAUCAUCAAUAUCAGAGGCCCAAUCUGCAUCACAAAAAGCAUUAAUGCUGAGAGGGGCACUGGUGGUGGCAGGCAGAAGGGUGAGACCAUGAUCAAUGGAGCCCUUUAAGUAUCUUAAGAUCCUUUUGACUGCACUCCAAUGAGAGACCAGUGGCUGAGCGAAAAACUGACACACCUUGCUGACUGAGUAUCCAAGUUCAGGUCUGGUAAUUGUAGCAUACUGCAGGGCUCCUACAAUGCUUCUGUACAGAGUGGGGUUGUCAAAGGGGUCAACACCAGUUUUGGACAACUUAAGAUUUGCAGGUAAAGGAGUGGAAAUCCCUUUGCAGUCUUCCAUGCCUGCUCUGUGAAGUAUAUCUCUAAUGUAUUUAGCUUGAGAUAAAUGAAGAGCACCAGAUGGAGUAAGCUUGCAUUCUAUGCCCAGAAAGUACUUAAGAGUGCCAAGCUGCUUAAGAGAGAAGGUAGCAUUCAACUUGUUCACAAUGAGGUUAAUAGCAGUGUUGGAGGAACCCGUGAUGAUUAUAUCAUCUACAUAAAUGAGAAUAAGCAGGCAGCAGCCAUGUUUGUUGAAUAUGAGAAGAGAGGGAUCACACUUGGAUUGUUGAAAACCAAAGGAGAUGAGAGUAUUUGUCAAACUCUCAUACCAAGCCCUUGGGGCUUGUUUUAAACCAUAUAUUGCCUUGUGAAGUUUGCAUACAAGAGUGGAUUCACCCUGAAUAAAGCCUUGAGGCUGUUGCAUGUAGACAUCUUCAUGGAGUUGCCCAUUAAGAAAGACAUUGUUGACAUCAAGUUGAAUAAGGGGCCAUUUGGAAGUAAGAGCAAUGGUGAGGACAGUUCUCACUGUGAUUGGUUUCACCACUGGAGAGUAGGUGUCACUGUAAUCUUGACCAUAUUUCUGGUUGAAUCCUUUGGCGACCAAGCGUGCUUUAUAUUUGUUUAUGGUACCAUCCGGGUUCUCUUUGAUCCUGAAAAUCCAUUUGCACCCGAUGGCUCUUUUAUGAGGAGGAAGAGGUACCAAGCUCCAUGUUUUGUUAGCUUGAAGAGCUUGAUACUCUUGUUGCAUAGCUUCAGUCCAGUGGAUAGAUGAAAGAGCUUGCUGCACAGUGGUUGGUUCAGUGGUUGUUAGAUUGAUUGUGGGAAAGAGAGGAGGAGCAGAGCCUGGAGGAGGUUGAUGAGAGUAACAUGCUGAGUAGCAGCUGUGUCAAGAUUGUUGUUCAUGGUAGGGUGCAUGGCAUAACCAGUGAAAUUGGUCUGAGGUGCAUAUCCAGUGAAGUUGGCCUGAGGUGCUGCUUGCUGCCACUGAGGGUUACUUUGAGCCCAAUUGUUGUUAUUUGGUGUAGUGUUCCUUACAUACUUAUAAGGGUUGCCAUGAACAUAAGGUUGAUUGCUUCCAUAAGCAGCAUUAAACCUGUGAUAACAGUAGGAAGCAUCAUGGCCUGUGCGAUGACAGACUUGACACUGAACAGUGGAACGACCCCCACGACCACCACGAUUGCCACGGCCAUUUCUUCCUCCACAGCCUCUAGAUUGAUUGUUGUUCUUGAAAUUGUUGUUUUGAGAGUCGUAAUUGCCUGAAUUUGAGUUCCCAGUUGUCCAAUUGGCUUGAGGAGCAAUCUGGGUUUCUGUCGCAGAAUUAGGGUUCACAGAAUUGGGGAUUUUUGAAUUUGGUUGAGAUUGAGUAAAAUUGAGGGAUGCAGCUUCUUUAGUGAUACGCGCCUUGUCCAAUCGCUGCUCAUGAGCCAGAAGAAGGGCCCUAAUUUCCUCUAAAUCGAACCAUUCGAUCUUUGAGUUGAUUAGGGUUACGAGACUUUCAAAUUCAUUAGGAAGACCUUCAAGAAUCACAUCAAGUUGAUCUUGAAGGGAAACAAACUCACCAAUUGAUGUCAACGAAUCUGAAAUGUGUUUGAUUUUUGCCAAGAAUUCAGAAAUUGAAGAUGAUCCUUUCUUCGUGGUGCGUAGCUGAGUUCGCAAUUGUCGCGCCUGAGCCUUGGUUUUCGAUUGAAAGGAUUGAUGGAUAUUUUUCCAGAGUUGGAAUGUGUGCUUGCAACCAAUGACAGAAGGAAGAAUGGCAGGGGAAAGAGAUGAUUGCAGCCAUGCUAAGAGGAGCUGGUCCUGUAAUUCCCAGUUGCUGAAGGCUGGGUUUUCAAUAUUGGCAAGACGAUCGUGUUCCGAAGCGUAUUGAGGAGGUAUCUCAGGAGUGACACAGAAACGAUGAAGGCGAUGAGCCCUUAGGACUGGUUCAAUCUGUUGCAGCCAUACAAGAUAGUUUGUUGCAUCUAAUUUGACAGAAAUCUUGUAGUUGAAAGAAGAUAGAGGUGUGAUUGUUGAGUUGGGUGUCGCCAAGAUUGGUGGUGUACAAGGUGUGUGAGGUUGGGAAUCCAUUGAAGAAGGGAAGAUUUAGAGGAAAGAGGAAAGAAAUGGAGGAUCUUGUCACGCUUGUGGAAGAAUCAGAAGGCUCUUGAUACCAUGUUACAUUUAGAGAGAGAUAGAGAACUGAUAGAAAUCAUAAUUGUGUUUUCAUUAUUGAUUUGAUGAUUACAACAAAGGUCUAUA